AUGGAGGCUUUCCCCUGGGCGCCCCACUCGCCCCGCCGCGGCCGCGCCCCCCCGCCCAUGGCGCUGGUGCCCAGCGCCCGCUACGUGAGCGCCCAGGGCCCCGCGCACCCGCAGCCCUUCAGCUCGUGGAACGACUAUCUGGGGCUGGCCACGCUCAUCACGAAGGCGGUGGACGGGGAGCAGCGCUUCGGCUGCGCCCGCGGCGGAGACAGAGACGGCGGCGGCGGCUCCCCGCCCUCCUCUUCCUCCUCGUCCUGCUGCUCCCCCCACGCGGGAACCGGGCCUGGCGCGCUGGGGCCGGCGCUGGGGCCGCCGGACUACGAAGAGGACGACGAGGACAGUGACGACCCGGGGUCCCGGGCCCGCUACCUGGGGGGCGCGCUGGAGCUGUGCGCGGGCCCCGCGGAGGCCGGGCUGCUGGAGGAGCGCUUCGCCGAGCUGAGCCCGUUCGCCGGUCGCGCCGCCGCCGUGCUGCUGGGCUGCGCGCCCGCCGUUGCCGCCGCCGAGGUGGCGCCGCGCGAGGAGCGGGCCCCGGCGUGGGCGGCCGAGCCCCGGCUGCACGCAGGCUCCGGGGCGGCCGCCGCCCGGCUGCUCAAGCCCGAGCUGCAGGUGUGUGUGUUUUGCCGGAACAACAAGGAGGCGGUGGCGCUCUACACCACCCACAUCCUGAAGGGACCCGACGGGCGAGUGCUGUGCCCGGUGCUGCGCCGCUACACAUGUCCCCUGUGCGGCGCCAGCGGCGACAACGCGCACACCAUCAAGUACUGCCCGCUCUCCAAAGUGCCGCCGCCGCCUGCAGCGCGGCCGCCACCGCGCAGCACCAGGGACAGCCUGCCAGGCAAGAAGCUGCGCUGA